GCACGUGGGGGAACAAGAUGUAACUCGAUUGUGAUUCUCUCCCCCUUUAUUCGUUUGUGGCACUGGCACUGGCACUGGCACUGGCACUGGCACUGGGAACGGGACUGGACACUUGACGCACGGCAAGGGCGCCACGGACGUGGAUGGAGAAGUAUGCGCUUGUCGAACAGCGAGGCCCAGCUAGCAGGCCAGCGAUAAGGAAUCAUUGUCCUUGAUCUACGUUGCUAUCGGAACCCCGGAUGUGGUAUGGACAGCGCAGAGCGGAACUGCGAAAAAGGCAAAAAAGGUUUCCCCUUUUUUCUGGAAUUUGCGCGGGAGGGAUAGGGCGCAUUCUUCUACGCUUCCUCGUUCCCGCAUGCCAAUGUUGAAGAGCUGCAAGGACGCUUGCGGUACGUGCAUACUUUUGCUUGGGCCUGGUCUGCCCUGGGCCCCGCGCCCUUUAUCGCGCCCCCUUCUGGAAGGUUUCCAGCUCGAUCUGCCUCUAGAAAGGAAAAAAAAAAAUAAGUCGAUCAUGGCAUUCUUUUUGGUCGAGCUUGUGCUGCAUCCAGAAGCUCGCCCCUCUUGGGUCAAUUUUGAUCAGGAUGGGCCGGCCAAUUCUCGAAGGAACCAAUGCUGGCGGCGCGCGCGUACCUUGGACGAACUUGAAUCGAUUGGCGCAAUCAGGACAUGCUCUUUGAUUCCUCUGAAUCCUGCUCACGACUACCGGGGACGUCGGCGCUGCAUAAGCAGGCCGGGUCAUUCAUCCAAAUUGUUCAGUACGUUGAUCGAUGAGCGGCCGGAUCGCGCAAAUCGUCUUCCGCUCUGUUGGCUGCUCAGCCGAACGCUGGGUGCGUUGCGAUCUAUGGUCCUUGACCAAUGCGGACUCUCGAGGCAUGCGAAAUCGUUCGAGCUGGUCAAGGGUCAGCUCGCGGGACGUUCUGCAAGACACGAAGCAGCGCGCGGCGCCAUCGGAUAUCCGCCUUUGAUACCGUUCCACGGACACGUUGCGCAACCACGCCCCCGCUUGGCUUUCUCGCUCGAGGCGUGGAGGAAAUGCUCCCCUCGAAAACGCAAGCCUUUCACGAUGGACUUGAGCGCUUCUUCAUCGUGCGGUAGGGGGCCAGGGAUUCGAGAAUGGCGACUAAGCGGAUGCGAAUUCUCGCACACCCCUCUCGAGAGCAUCGAUACCAGCAAAUCGGAAAACAAUGUGCAUGCUGGGGGGGCCUGAUUGCACGACAUCCUGGACGCAUGUAUGCUCGUACCUUCGACCAGGUGAGUCAAGUGUCAGAGCAGGUCCGUGAUUGGCUGAUGCCUCCCCGCUUGCGUCUUGCUAUGCGACGACGACGACGACUGACAACUGGCAUGAAGAGCUU